GCGGAAGCGACCGGCUCCAAGCUCGGGAGCGAGAGCAGCCGCAGCCCGUUGUUGUUGUGGUCGCCGCGCGAUGGCAGCCACGGCGCUUCCUCCGCUGCCGCCGCAGUUCAAGAGCAUCCAGCACCAUCUGCGGACCGCGCAGGAGCUGGACAAGCGCGAGCCGGUGGUGGCGUAUUACUGUCGUUUGUAUGCAAUGCAAACAGGGAUGAAGAUUGAUAGUAAAACCCCAGAAUGCCGCAAAUUUUUAUCUAAACUUAUGGAUCAGUUGGAAGCUAUGAAAAAACAAUUUGGUGAUAAUGAAGCAAUUACUCAGGAAAUUGUUGGUUCUGCUCAUGUGGAGAAUUAUGCUUUGAAAAUGUUUUUAUAUGCAGACAAUGAAGACAGAGCUGGGCAGUUUCAUAAAAACAUGAUAAAGUCCUUUUACACUGCCAGUCUCCUGAUAGAUGUUCUGACAGUAUUUGGGGAGCUCUCUGAAGAGAAUGUUCAGCACAGAAAGUAUGCCAGGUGGAAAGCAGCAUACAUUCAUAACUGCUUGAAAAAUGGAGAGACUCCUCAGCCUGGACCUAUUGGAAUGGAAGGAGAGACUUUUGAUCUUGAAAGAGAAGAGGCAGGGUCAUCUUCUCACCAGGGUGGAACAAAUCAACCAACAUCAUCAUCAUCUACGUAUGAAGCUAACAACACACCAACUAGUAAUUUCACUGGCAUACAUGUUCCACCAGGUGCCCAUGCACCAGCCAAUACUCCAGCUGAAGUACCUCAUAACACAGGAGUGACAACUAAUACCAUUCAACCUUCUCCUCAAAAUAUUCCUCUAGUAGAUCCUUCCCUUUACAGUGCUCAGUCUGCAGGGGAAGUCCGUUUGACUCCAGAGGACUUUGCCAGAGCUCAAAAAUACUGCAAAUUUGCUGGCAGUGCUUUGCAAUAUGAAGAUGUGAGCACUGCUGUACAGAAUCUACAGAAGGCUCUCAAGUUACUGAUUACGGGCAAAGAAUAAAGCCUUUAAUCCAACAGAUUCAUGUCAUUGCCUGAAGAACUAACAGCUUAUUACUGUACCCGUUAGGGGAGUGGAAAUAUACAGAAGCUCUCCAUCUAAUCACCUAUGGUAAUGAAAUCACUCUUUCAGUGUCAGUUGGACUCUUCAUUUUAAAAACAGUGGAGCUAGGAGCAUAUGAAUGCAGUUGUUUGAUGUAAGCAAAAUACUAAAGAAUGUACUGUGAACACUGAUUAAGAGGUAGAGUUCAUAUUUCAAUAUUUAGAUUAUCAGUCUGGGAAAUAUCAAAUCUGCAAAAAGGUUGAACAUUACAACGUUCUGUUGAAAUUCUGGCUCUGCUUUCAUUUUUUUCAAACAAUUAUCUAAGAAGUUUAAAUAGCUUUAAAAUGGUAACAAAAUUCACAACUUCCUCCAGAAAAGAAAGCAUGUAAGAAGACUGGCACAUAAACAGUGGGAAGGACUUUUUUCCAUACCUAAAUUAUUGGAGUAUCAUCUGAGACAUAAAGUUAAACAGGACUUGAGGUUAUUUGUAUAUUAUUUUAAUACAUGCAUUGAAAACAUUUCUUGAUACAUCAAGGAGAGUAAUUUUGAUUGCAUUCCAACCCAACCACCACCGAGUGGACUGCUGCAUGCAGUCUUGAUCAUUGAUUCUUUGCAUGAACACUGGGAAUUUUGUUUAUGUAUGGUUAACAAAGAGAAAGUACUAAUAUUUAGUGGAGAUGAUCCUGAAACCAGGGACAGAGAUGCUAAACUGCGUGAACUUUUAGGGAGAUUCACUUCAUAGAUGUUUCGUCUCUUUAAUAAACUGAAUCGAAGGAUGGUUCAACCAUUUGGUUCAUCUUUGGUAUUAGUGAUCUAGAAGUUUGUAUUCCCAGCUAACAUUCUUUCUGUCUGCUAUGUUGUAGAGGCUAUUUGGACUUGGGAACUAAUUAAAAUAUCUUGGAAAUAGAA